UGUUUGUUUGUUUGUUUGUUUGUUUGUGCAGUCACAGAUCAGUUUCUGGCUUUUUAGGAUGUGUCUCCAUGGUAACAGUGUUGCUCCAAACCAAAAAAGUCUGAAACAUUUGGGAUGUGAGCAGCACUGACAGCUGUAAGCUUAGUGGAGAUACAAGGUUUGCAUGGAGUUAAAUAUAACGACAUUAUUAAUGACAGUACUGAGAAUGGGCCCACAGAGGUGUGCUGUUGUUCAGAGCGGUCUGAUGAUGGAGCUGAAACAGGUUUAGAAUAAUAUUGUAAUAAUACUUAUAAUAAUAACAACAACAAUAAUAAUAUAAUAAUAUUGUUGCUAAUUUUACAUUCGUGGGUGAAGACUUUGUUCUGAGCAGAUCAAACAAAGGCACGUGUGUCCUGUCAGCGUGCGAGAGCCCCGUUUCCUGUCCGUGGGGUCAGAUGUUUGUUUGGUGAUGUCACAGAGGGACGUGUCCGUGCUUCGGCCUGUUGUCUGAACUAAAACGUUUGACCUCAAAUAAAACAGGAGUAAACAUCUGACACAGGGAAGGCGAGCACGCCGCCAGCCUCCAUCACUGACCUACAGUCAGCUUUAGUCUGUGAUCCCACACCAACAUCAAACUGAAGUCUGGGCUGGGAUGUGAUCAGGAUGCAGUGCGGCUGGGUCAGGGUCACACCUGAGUCAGGACCCUUUAAACGGUCAGGGAGGGGCUUGAACGGUUUCCAUGGCCACACAUUAUAUCAGCGUUACAGGAGUGUGACGCUUUACGUUGAUCCAAAUAAUAACGAUAAAUAUUGAUGAAUACAAAAACAGAUUUGUGGUCUUUCAUGUGACUGCUGUGAAGCGUUGCUGACCGAGUGCGAUCCUGCUCAUGACCUCAGCACAGGUGAUGAUGAUGAUGAACUCACUGCAGCUGUUACAGUACACUGAGUGUGAGGCUUCUGAGUGGGUGGAGGAGCUCAAGUGUUGGGCUGUGUUCACAGUGAGCGUGGAUGGAUGUAGUCCUGCGUUCAGCUGGAGGUCACUUCACUGUAAUCCUGUCAGUUUCUUAUCAACAACAGUUCACUCCUGAAAGAGCACAACAGGCUUUUAUUGUGAAAGGCAAGGACAGGAAGAUUCAUUUUGAGUAGAAAACACUGAGGAAGAGGAGUCACGUGACAGGAUGACAGAAUUCCUCCUUUUACAUGAGUGCUGAGACAACAGGAAGUUAACCUGUCAUCUGAUUUGAAUCUCAGUCAGGUUUUUACCUGGAUCAAUAAAACAUGAACAAUGUCACACUGAUUAUUAUUGAUCUGAGGCUUUAUUGAUCCAGCCAACAGUAAGAACUCGAGUGUGAUCAGAAUACAGUUUAUUUGUAGCUGUGAACAAAGGCUAUGUUUACCACAGUGAUGAAAAGUUUCAAAGUAAAAGCCUCGUCGGUGUAGCAGAGCUCAGAGGAACAGACCAGCAGCUUUAAAGGAUUCAAACGUUAACUUCUUUUUUUUUCUUUUCUUCCUUAAUCCCUGUGGGAGGAUUUAAUCUGAUAAUCUGCUCAUUUCCUCGUUGGCUUUAUGAAUCCAUCUCCUUUAUCUUCUUCUCAUCCCGUUGUUCUCCUCCUCCUCACUCUGUGUAAUCCCCGCCUUAAUCUUUUGUUUUCCUGCUGUUUUGUUACAACAUUGUUUUAUUCCAGAAACUUUCUCUCCCGGCGUCUGACAUCAGUAUCAAGUGUUAAUAACAAGUUAAUAAUGAUUAUUGAUCAGCUGACCGUGAUGGUGUGUUUCUGACGUCUUAGUCUUUAUUCCAACAAACAUCACUGAGAGGACUGACUGGAGCCUGCAGGGGACGCCACUGAACUUUGAACUGUUUUUCUGCAGACAGGCUCCACCCCCGGCUCCUUGCUGCUUACAACGAGUCAAAAUAGCCGCCCGCAGCUGAACAUGUGACAGACAGUUAAAGUAACAAGUCGACUCUGUGAUCAUCAUAUCCUACGCCAAGCACCUGCUGCCGAUGUCUUCCACUGCGGUGGAUGUUUCACUGCAGACGAUGCCCCGCCUCUUUCUUCUUCUUCUGGUCUUGCUGUCACUCCGCCCGGUGUCAGCCACAUCGCCACUCACCGUGGCAUUGGGGCGUCGUGGCAACCGAAUCUCCACUAUCAGCGCCUGCCACCAACUGGAGACAGCAGACGGAGGACUGACGGUCCGCUGCACUGGACUCAGACUGACCCAGGUGUGUUUGUCUGCUCAGGUACCCAUCGGCCUGUCUAACCACACCACUCGUCUGUUUCUGAAUAAAAACCUGCUGACCUCUCUGGCGGCCGACACGUUCUCCAGUCUGUUCCUGCUCGAUGAGCUCGACCUGUCGCAUAACCAGCUCUCCUCACUUGAAGACGGUUGUUUCCGUGGGUUGGACUCGCUCUCCUUCUUGGACCUGUCGCACAACCGUCUGUCCACGCUGGAGCUGCCGGUGCUCGGCGGUCUGCAGAUUGAGGCCAACCUCACACAUAACCCCUGGCACUGUGACUGCAGGAUGGAGCUGUCCAUGCCUCAGUUGGAUCUGGACCCGACCUCACUAGCAGAAGUUGUCUGUGCAACUUCUGAUCUCCCAAACCUCGGAGCUGUCGGGAUACCACUGGUCGUGCUGAUGGAGGACUGGGAUCUGUGUUUGUCUGUGAGGAGAACCACUGAUGUGGUGACACUCGUCACCAUGUUCCUGUGGCUCUUCAUGCUCAUCUGCUACCUGGCCUACUACAUACGCCAGAACCAGGCGGUCACGCGCCGAAACCUGGAGUACCUGAAGUUACUGGAGAGCAAAAAUCCAAAAUAAACCCAAAAAGACAACUUCAUGAUGACCUUUUGGAAAUCCUGAACGCCUGUAAUUUCACCAAAGAGUUAGAGUUACCCACAGCUGUAUUUUCCCUCAAAGACAUCCGUAACCUACGACUACCAGAGCAAUUUCUAUGCCCACAGGUGCCCACGGGACUCCAGGUACCUUCUGAUCGGUUGCUCCCCUCCAAAAGUUACAAAAGCACAUAAAGGACUCCUUAAGGGUCUAAUGCAAUACCUCACUGACACUCAGCAUCUCUAAGGAACGCCAAAGCUUCUCUAGAACUUGAUAAUGUAGCUCUAGAACCUUGUCUGGGACUUCCUCUGAGAAACCUGUAACCCUCUGAAGCAUGUCUUCAAAGUGUCCUGUGAAAGAUUUCUACAACAUAUUCAAGUCCUCCUAGAACCUCCUCAGUCCUUUCACAAGCCCAUAAGCCCUUCACAAGGACUCUUAAACUUUCCUGUGACUUCUUUAUAGAGACUGUUUGUUCUCCUAGAUCAAUGUGAUCUGAGUUUCUCAGAGAUGUCUGAUACUAGUUUUCCACCGGCAUGGUCCCGGUGGUGGUGCAGAUCCAGUUUGGCCUUGGUACCUUAUCAGAACCAGCCUACAUUGCUGGCUUUUUGGUACCAGUUCAGACUUUUUGCAGGAGAAACGCAUGAAACUGGUUCUAGACAGGACACUGGCCGUGCUUAGGAAACAUGAAAAGCUGCAGUAGUGUCUGUUCACCUGGUUGCUAACAAUAAACAAAAGUCCUCAAAGCUUGUUGUGCAGAUUUGUGUAUAGGAGCUAUUUUCUUUUCUUCUGAACUUCACCAACCACAGCAUGGCUGUGCAGAAGAACGUGUAGAUACACAAAGACUACCCAUGCUCACAUUUCACUGUGAGGGGGUCCCCUUCACCUGACAGGUGAUGCUGCUGUAUGGGCAGAUGCGACUUUGAUUUUGGCUGACCUCUCUGUGAGGAAGCCGCAGGGAUGCGUGAGAACGUAAAACUGCUCACUGAGAGGCUACUGAGGAAGUUCUGGGAUCCUUGGAAGCUCUUCCUCAGUUGGCUUCCACAGUCAGGACCGCCCUGAGUGGUUUUUACACCAGCAGGGGAAAUAUUUUUCUUUUUAAUAAAUGAAUCAUGACGAGGUAACUGUUGUUGCUUUCAACGUGAAGGUUUUGUGCCUUUGCAGCGUGACAGUCAAUCAUCGUUCAGCUGUGACGUCAGCAGAGACGGGUGUACAAAUCACAGGACAGUCGCUUGGAGUGUGAAGCUCUUCAGGAAGUACUCUGACCUUCCUGACACCACCAUGAGAUUUUUUAAUAUAAUGUCAUAAUGUCAUCGGUCAUCAUCCUAUGGUUUCACCCACACAAAGACAUAUUGGGCCUCGAAGUUCUAGAGAAGCAUUUUGGUUUCUUGAAGAUGUUUGAGGUGGUACGUGUGAUUCUGAGAACUGUCCCUUGGCUCUCCAUCAUCAUGUUUGUUUAAACUGUGUCCUCUGUUUAAACAGCCUUCACCAUCAUUCUGACUCCACGUGUGAAAUAAACCAUUUGUUCUGCUGA